UAGUAUAGACUAUGAGGAAGCUAAUGAGGCCGAGGUGGACGGCGAUGAUCCGGCGCAUCUCUUGUCGAUAUCGUCUCCUGUCCCGGAGUCCAUUACGGUAGGACCACUAGAAGCUUCCCGCCAUCUUUUUCUCACAGCAAUUGCACAGGAUUCCUUAAUAGCCAUGGCUUCUUAUGGACUCGGACUAGAUUAUUUUCUAAAUGGAACUCUGGAGUCAUCUCAUGUGAACCACUGGGAAAGCAUGUGGCGUAAUGGAAGGAUUGAUGUAGACGGAGACAAAGAGUUGAGCAGACUCAACUACGCGUCCCUAUAUUAUCUACUCAGUGAGAUACCACAGUACGAGACAUACGGGCCAUUCUUUGGGAUAUCUGCUGGAGGACUGGGAUACGGCGAAAAACAUAAUGAUUACAAAGGCCAUGUAUCUUGGGACCAGGAUACGUGGGUGUUUCCUGCCAUGCUUGCUCUUCAUAGUGGCAAAGCUAAAACCAUCCUGGGAACCCGAGUGAGGGCACAUUCUACAGCCAAUUCCCUCGCCAAAUCGAUGGGAUACAAGGGAGCUAUGUUUCCUUGGGAGAGCGCAUACAGUGGUCAAAACGUUUGUCCGACAACUGAAUGUUUAAACUACGAACACCAUAUCACUGGUGACGUAGCCCUGGCGUUCCAACAAUACGUCAUGAUGACGCGGGACACACACUUCCUGGACGCUGAGGGUGCAGCUGACGUCAUCACAGAUAUAGCCUCGUUUUGGAUGUCGCGAAUGACUCAUAAUACGACGACAGAUCAGUAUAAAAUACAUGAGGUGAUGGGCCCAGACAAAUCACACUACCCAGUCAACAACUCUGUCUACACCAACAGUGUAGCCAAGAUCAGUCUCCUCCUACCCAAGUACGCCCUCUCUCUCAUCAAUAAGACGGUGGAUCCACAGUUUGAGGAAACAGCCAACAAAACCUACAUACCUUUUAAUGACACUGGGAAAUGGCAUCCUGAGUUCGAUGGCUACAAACAAGGGACAACUGUACAACAGGCAGACGCAGUCCUCCUAGGGUUUCCUCUAAUGGCUGACCUUACCGAGGAAACAAGGAUGAAUGAUCUGGAAAUUUAUGAAAAAGUAACACCCACAGCACCAUCUAUGACGUGGGGAAUGUUUACGAUAAGCUGGCUGGAAUUAAACAACACUGCCAAAGCAGAGCAACAGUUCAACAAACAGUUACAGGGAGUUGUUCGUCCAUUUAACAUAUGGUCUAACCCAGCGGACAGUAAAGGAGGAUUGAACUAUUUAACAGGUAUUGGAGGGUACCUACAAUCCCUGAUAUAUGGCUAUGGUGGGUUUAGGAUAUACCCGGACAGACUUCAGUUUAACCCGAGUAUACCGCCCAACACAACCUCAUUUAACCUCACUGGGGUUGAUUACCUCGGAGGUUCAUUUGACUUCAGAUUCUCAGACCAAUACAUGACGAUAAACCAGACAUCACCCGCCGAGGGAGGUAUGAAGGUUGUUAUCGCCUCUACCGGUCAGACACAAACUCUGGACGUCGGGACGGUGGUCCACUAUCCCAGAACUAAAGCAUAUCUAAUGGUUGUAUGAUAUCAAAAAUAAGAAUUUGUAGGCAAUACAUAUUUUUUCAGG